GGAUUCAGUACCUCGGACAGUACUUUCAAGUACGCGCAAGAGAUAGUCUGUGUAGGAGAGAAAGAAAGAGCUUGAGUUCAGACGAAGGUGAGGUGAGGUCCUACCAUGUAGGAGGCAAGAAGAAGAGGGGAGGGAUAGACCGAUAGUGAAGUGCAGCAUAGAGCGAGACGAAUAGACGGUGAGCGAGACAGCGACAGAGAGAGUCAGCGCGCUCGAGCAGGAGUGCGCGCGGGGACAGCAGCACACCGGCCGGAUCUAAGAGUUGAGAGGAUGGAGAUCCGACCAGAUCGGUUCAAGCUGGUGGCGGGAAAAACACUUGGGAAGAUUCACAGACUCAUCGAGAAGCGGCAGGAGAAUGGUGAGACGAUCGAGCUGUCGGCGGAGGGCCGUCCGGAGCUGGUGGAGGAGAAGGAGCUGCCGGUGGUGGACUGCACCUGCUGCGGCCUGCCUCGCCGUUACAUCAUCGCCAUCCUCUGCGGCCUGGGCUUCUGCAUCUCCUUCGGCAUCCGCUGCAACCUCGGCGUGGCCAUCGUCAGCAUGGUCAACAACCACACGGUCUUUCAUGGCAAGAGGGAAGUCCUCGAGCCUGCUCAGUUUUCGUGGGACCCAGAGACUGUAGGGAUGAUCCAUGGCUCAUUCUUUUGGGGCUACAUAGUCACACAAAUCCCUGGAGGAUUCAUAUGCCGAAGGUUUGCAGCCAACCGGGUUUUUGGCUUUGCAAUUGUGGCCACAUCCGUCUUAAAUAUGCUGAUCCCUCAUGCGGCUCGGGUAUCCUACGGCUGUGUCAUGCUGGUCAGAGUUUGCCAAGGGCUUGUGGAGGGUGUGUCCUACCCUGCCUGCCAUGGAAUCUGGGCUAAAUGGGCUCCACCCCUUGAGAGAAGCAGAUUGGCAACAACAGCUUUCUGCGGGUCAUACGCAGGGGCAGUGGUGGCCAUGCCAUUGGCAGGAAUUCUGGUGCAGUACACUGGGUGGUCCUCAGUCUUCUAUGUGUAUGGCAGUGUUGGUGUGUUCUGGUACUUGUUCUGGAUCUUGGUGUCUUAUGAGAGUCCUGCAGCCCACCCCACAAUCACUGCCGAGGAGAGGCAGUACAUUGAGGAUGCCAUCGGGGACUCGGCCAACACCCAGAACCUGCAGAAGUUUAAGACUCCCUGGCGCGCCUUCUUCACCUCGAUGCCUGUGUAUGCCAUCAUUGUGGCCAACUUCUGCCGUAGCUGGACCUUCUACUUGCUCCUCAUCAGUCAGCCAGCGUACUUUGAGGAAGUCUUUGGUUUCGAGAUCAGCAAGGUGGGGAUGGUGUCUGCUCUGCCUCAUCUGGUGAUGACCAUCGUUGUGCCAAUUGGAGGGCAGCUGGCAGACUACCUGCGGACCCACAACCUCAUGAGCACAACCAACGUGCGCAAACUCAUGAACUGUGGAGGUUUUGGCAUGGAAGCAACUCUGCUGUUGGUGGUUGGGUACUCUCACACUAAAGGGGUGGCAAUAUCCUUUCUUGUGCUUGCUGUUGGCUUCAGCGGCUUUGCAAUCUCAGGGUUUAAUGUGAACCAUUUGGACAUUGCCCCACGCUAUGCUAGUAUUCUCAUGGGUAUCUCCAAUGGAGUUGGCACCUUAUCAGGCAUGGUGUGCCCACUCAUCGUUGGAGCCAUGACCAAACACAAGACUCGUGAGGAGUGGCAGGGUGUAUUUCUCAUUGCUUCACUGGUCCAUUAUGGCGGAGUCAUCUUUUAUGGUAUCUUUGCAUCGGGAGAAAAGCAGCCAUGGGCGGACGUAGAGGACACCAGCGACGAGAAAUGCGGCAUACUGGGAGAGGACGAACUGGCCAAUGAGACAGAAGAGCUUUACCGUACCGGCGGUGGUGGACAGUACGGGGCCAUGAGCCAACCAGACGCAGGGCCCAAUGGAGGCGGCGGAGCAGGGGGCUGGGUCAGUGACUGGGAUAAGUCUGAAGAGUUAGUCCAGCCGCCGGGGACCAAUAGGUAUAUGUAUGGAGGAGAAGAAGACCGAGAGCUGCCAUAGAAGCACAGAGGAGUAUGAAAGAAAGGCGGAGAGGGAGAGUGAAUGGGAGGGGUCACUGGAGAACUAUGAGUACAGUUGACAGGGGUGGAAGAGUUCUAAAAUGAAUGAGUACACUACUGAGUGUGUGUGUGUGUGUGUGUGUGUGUGUGUGUG